ACUCAGAAGACUGGACACAAUUCCGAAGGUUGCCCAGAAGGAGAGGACAAUGUCAUUUCUAACUGUGCCAUACAAACUGCCUGUGUCUUUGUCUGUUGGUUCCUGCGUGAUAAUCAAAGGGACACCGAUCGACUCUUCUAUCAAUGAACCACAGCUGCAGGUGGAUUUCUACACUGAGAUGAAUGAGGACUCAGAAAUUGCCUUCCAUUUGCGAGUGCACUUAGGCCGUCAUGUGGUCAUGAACAGUCGUGAGUUUGGGAUAUGGAUGUUGGAGGAGAAUUUACAUUAUGUGCCCUUUGAGGAUGGCAAACCAUUUGACUUGCGCAUCUAUGUGUGUCACAAUGAGUAUGAGGUAAAGGUAAAUGGUGAAUACAUUUACGCCUUUGUCCAUCGAAUCCCGCCAUCAUAUGUGAAGAUGAUUCAAGUGUGGAGAGAUGUCUCCCUGGACUCAGUGCUUGUCAACAAUGGACGGAGAUGAUCACACUCCUCAUUGUUGAGGAAACCCUCUUUCUACCUGACCAUGGGAUUCCUAGAGCCUGCUAACAGAAUAAUCCCUCCUCAACCCCUUCCCCUACACUUGGUCAUUAAAACAGCACCAAACCG